AUGCCCUCCCACCCCCAUCCCCGCGCACGGACCGCGCAGCCCGACGCCCCCAAGAGCCAGGAUCCCAGCGCCUGGCUCGGCUUCUCCUUGCCACCCCGUGCCCCAGGCCAUGGCGCCGCCGGUGUCCCUGGUUCAGGCGUCCCUGGCCCCCCGCCCAGGCGCAGCAGGCGCACCGAGGGCUGGAGGGGAGGGCCCAUGAGCCGCGAAAAGUUUCUCAACGCCAGCUUCAAGUUCAUGCUCAAGCCCACAGAAGUCUUGUCCUAUGGAGCCCAUUUCGCCGACCCCGACAUCCCUUUGCAUUGGCCAAACAUUCUCCAGAUCCUGGUGCCCACGUUCAGCGCUCUCUCAGUGGCGCAGGGAUAUGUGUCAUCGUCUGCAGACGCGACCAGCGCCGCACAGUGUCCAAUCUGCCUCAGCAAGCCUGUAGCAGGCAGAAUGACCAAAUGCGGACAUAUAUUCUGCUUCCCUUGCAUACUUCACUUUAUUCAGCUGUCAGACAUUCCCAAAUCUGCCAAGUGCCCGAUAUGCGGAGACAUGGUUCAGACAAACACGCUCAAGAGUGUCAAGUAUCUCGACGCCAAAGGCAUGUUGGGUGCCGAGCAAGACGAAGAUUCACUCGGAUCUGGGCCUGUCGUCCACGCCCCGCCACCUUCCGGCUUUGAAGACUCCCUUCGCGAGGCCAAGGCACUUGACUCUACCCUUGAUACGUCUCAACCGGAAGCUUCCACUUCCCGCCACAAGCUCCACAUGCGUCUCAUCCAGCGUCCCCAAAUGACCACGCUCGCCCUCCCUUCAUCGCCCACCUGGCCUUCUGACGCCGUCCCUCCCCACACGGCCCCCUGGUACUUUCUCCCCGACAUCAUCACCUACUCCCGGUACAUGCUCGCCACAUCAGAUUACAUGAUGCACGAGCUCUCUCGCGAACUCGGCGAGCUGAGAAGAGAGUGGGAUCUGUUGCGAGGUGAUGAGCUCGGAAGGGUGUUUGUGAGGGCCGCGAUGGACAAGGUGGAGGGUCAGAUGGAAAAGGUCAAAAUGGAACUCGAGGCAGAUCUGGCCAAGAGGUCGGAACGUAAAGGCCGGGAAGCUUGGGCGCACGCUGUCGGUGGUGAGCGGCUAGAACGGGAAAGAAUACGGGAGAGGGAGAGGAAAGAGCAGGAGCGGAUCCAGAGGGAACAGGAACAGGAAGUGGGUGAUGUCCCGGUCGAGUUUUUGGCAAGUCAACAGACUUCGUUUGACAACUCUGCCAAUAUCAAUAUCCCUCCCAAUCUUCCUGUCACGCCAAAUCCCAUGCCGGAUGUGCCUCCAAAAAAGCACAAGCGUCGCUCUCAGCAACCAGCCUUACCUCCGCCUCCUACGCCUCCAUCUCAGUCGUACUACUUUUACCAGUCAUCACUGGGCACGAACGUGUUCCUCCACCCCCUCGACAUACGAAUCCUUCUCGCGCAUUUCGUCACCUACAGCUCUUUCCCGCCUGCCCUGACUUUUAGUGUUCAAGGUUGGGAGACAGCGACGAUUACCGAAGACUUGCGCAAGCGGUCCAAGUAUUUAUCACAUCUGCCUGUGGGUACCGAAGUCGUCUUUAUUGAAACAGACCUCUCUGCCCUCGUCUCUCCCACCACUUUAUCCCAAUUUGACCAACCCCUCAAGGCGCGGCGCCAAAAGCGCAAAGACAAGGUCCGCAAAGAAGACCGUGCCAAAGCCCGCUGGGAAAAGGUUGAGAAGGACAGAAUCGCGGGAGAAGUGGUGCCGAGUGUGAGGAGUGUACCGAGUGCGUUUGUGCCCGGCGGCGUGGUAGAGGACGAUCAGCUGGAGAUGGUGUUGGAAAGGUCGAUGAGGGAGUUUGAACACGACUUUCCGUCAACUGCGCCUCGAAGCUAUACUCAACCUGGACGACAGCCUUCUGCUGUAUCGUCGAGUCCACCCACAGCGGGUGCUCCGCCAUGGGGUACAGCGCAGUGCUCGGCGUCAGCGUCGGAAGAACAGCGACAGCGCUCGUUCGCCACUGCCUUGCACAGACGAUACAAUCCCACGACAAGGACGGUUGAAGAAUUCGACCCGGCGUGGGAAGCGUUUGAGGCGCCCAAUAUCGGGGGAGAGGAGGUCCCGAGGGAUGUUAGAGAGACUGAAAGAGGAGGGGGGCAAGGGGCGGGGCGGAAGAAGAAGAAGGAGAAGGGGAAGACACUUGUCCUGGGUGGCGGUGGUGGGCGUAGGGCAUAG